AUGAAUUUUAAGAAUGCUUAUGAUUACUUGCUAAAUUUUCAAUCUUAAAGCAGUCGAAAUACAUCAAGAAUUAUGAGUUAAGAAGAUAGUUAAUUUUUUUUCUGGAUAAAAAUCUAACUAUAAAAAUAUUGA